AUGUAUCGACCUCCCCAUGACCUUCGAGUCGGAGUCUUCACACGCGAACUAAUCAUGGAUAAAAUGAUAUACGGCACAUUCAUGGGAUCUCUUUGCCUCUUAGCGUUCGUAGCAGUCGUAUAUGGCGCUGGGGGCGCUAAUCUUGGAGAUUCCUGCAACCAGGAAUGGAACCAGACAUGCGAAGUUGUAUUCCGCGCGCGUGCCACCACCUAUGCAACAAUAACGUUCCUCCUCCUCGUCACCGCCUGGGAAGUCAAGCACUUUUGCCGCUCUCUGUUCAAUCUCGACCCCGCACGCUACACUGGCCCUUUCUCCAUCUUCCCUAGCCUGUGGCAGAACCGUUUCCUCUUCUGGGCUGUCUUCGCUGGAGCCAUCCUCUUGUUCCCCGUUAUUUAUUUGCCUGUGGUGAAUAGGUCAGUCUUCAAACACUCGGGGAUCACGUGGGAAUGGGGCAUAGUGUUUGGUGCUGUGGCCGUGUAUCUUGGAUUAGUAGAGAGCUGGAAGGCGAUAAAACGCGCCUUUGGCAUCGGGGGCGCGAGCAUCAAGGUGCUGACUUUGGAGGAGGCGGAGAUCAGAGAAGGGAUGUUCCCAGUUGAAGUACCUAAUUUUCCGUCCCGAAGCGAGACCGCAGAAAAGUAA